UUCUAAAAUUUUCCGAGCCGAAAUUCCCCCUCACUCGCCCCCUCAUUUGUUGACUCAUUUCGACGACUCGUUGUCUUUUUCGACGCUUGAUGUCUUCCUCGGAGGUGUUUCGUGUUGGUCUGAAGAAGCCAAUUUGGCCAACUUUCUCGUUGAUUAUUUAAAUUAUGUAGACCUUCGUUUUCAAAAUUCCUUUCUCACUGUACCUGCCAUUUGCACCAACUCAUGAUUUUUGCUUUCGUUUAUGUGUGUCUUCUAUCAUUUCCGUAAAUUGAACGAAACCAUUUUGAAUUUCAGUUUACAUUGUAAAGUUCGAUCAAUUUCGUGGUUUCUGGCCAUGAAUUUGUUUAGGUUCUGCUUUUAGGUCGUCAAUUUCAUCGCUCGUAAGACCAGUUUCUUUCAAGAGCGAAUUUUGUUUUCUCCUAUCGACGGAGAGAUUACGUUUUGAUUCCAGAAAUUUAUGUGUGUCCGAAUCCUGAAUUUUUUUUCUUGAAAUACCAUGGAUUCUUUGUCCUGUUCUUCCUUGCCUUCGUUGAGUAUAUCCAGUGGUCUCUCUCCUCGGUUCGUUAGAUUUGCAGUUUCGGGUACAAAUACAUGGUGUGACAAGCAUACAAAGGACAAGAGAAGAAUUGUUUGUGCUUGUAUGGCGCCUCCCCGAAACCUGGAGAAUGAUAGAUUCCCUGUGACCAAACUCAGUGAAUUAUCUAAAUCCAAAAAUGGAAAAAGGAUAUGGGGGACAAAGGAUGAUUCUGAUGUUCUUAUUGAAUGUCGGGAUGUCUACAAGUCAUUUGGGGAGAAGCAUAUACUGAGAGGUGUGAGCUUCAAGAUUAGACAUGGUGAAGCUGUUGGAGUUAUUGGACCUUCUGGAACUGGGAAAUCUACAAUUCUGAAGAUUAUGGCUGGGCUUCUUGCUCCGGAUAAGGGGGACGUUUACAUUCGAGGUCGAAAGAGAGUUGGUUUGAUCAGUGAUGAUGAGAUUUCUGGUCUUCGAAUUGGAUUGGUCUUUCAGAGUGCUGCACUUUUUGAUUCUUUGACUGUUCGUGAAAAUGUUGGUUUUCUUUUAUAUGAAAACUCAAAAAUGUCGGAUGAGCAAAUCUCAGAGCUUGUAGCAGAAACAUUGGCUGCUGUUGGUUUAAAGGGUGUUGAGAAUCGGUUACCUUCUGAAUUAUCUGGUGGAAUGAAGAAAAGGGUUGCUUUAGCUCGUUCAAUAAUUUUUGAUACCACAAAGGAAGCUAUUGAGCCAGAGGUGCUUCUAUAUGAUGAACCAACUGCUGGACUUGAUCCAAUUGCAUCCACUGUUGUUGAAGAUCUUAUCCGUUCUGUCCAUGUGAAGGGGGAGGAUGCGCUUGGAAAACCUGGAAAAAUUGCUUCUUAUGUAGUUGUUACUCAUCAGCAUAGUACCAUUAGGAGAGCUGUGGACAGGUUAUUAUUUCUACAUGAAGGAAAAGUUGUCUGGCAGGGAAUGACUCAUGAAUUCACAUCAUCUACCAAUCCAAUUGUUCAACAGUUUGCAUCAGGAAGCCUAGAUGGGCCAAUUAAAUAUUAGUACAUAUGGCAAGGAUUUUUUUGACACUUCCUGGUGGUAGGCAUGGUGCUGUGCAGCAUUCAAAGAUUUUGCCUGUAUCUCCAAACUCUUGCAGGCAAUGCUAUAUCUGAUGUAAUCUAUGAUAUGGUUCAGCUUUGUGAGAAAUGCUAAUAUGUCUCUGAGCCUUGUCUCUUUCUAUGGAGGGAAAAAAUAAAAAAUAAAAUAAAAAUAAUUAUAAUUUAAACUUUAUGGACUGAUUUCGUUUUCCCUAAUCUGGGAGAUCCGUUGAGGCAUGAUAGCAUUUUUCCAAUCUUACUUCUUUACUCUGGGUUUCAAGUCCAAGGUAGGUUCCAUUGUUGAAGGAGCAUAUUGAGGAAUGACCAGAUCCCAAAUGUAAGUUUUAGGUAAACGAACAUAGUUAACUUCCUGUUUUUUUUUCAGUGUUUGUGUUGUAUAGCCUCAAGUAUCAUUUGACUAUUUGCGGUUAACACACGAUGAAUUCUUUUAUAUACACAAACUUGCUUCUGCUUGUUUAUUGUUACGUUAACGUAUGAGACUUGGAUUUCACAUCGAAAA